UGCUGGCCGUCUGCAGCUGUCAGGCGCUUCUCAUGCUGUGUGUGAUGCAGUGAAGGAGAGCCGGGCCCCACACUCUACACUCACUCAGCUCAGGGGCCACAACACAACGAGCUGACUCGGCUGCUGCACUGAGAUCCGGACAGGCUGUAACCAGUCCCCCUCAGCUGACUCCAGGUACAAUCGUGACUUUACUGCGGGACAUCCGGGGGCUCAGCAGGAUUGGGACUGUCUCCUUGUGUAUUGUGCCUGGCAGUGCAGGGGUUAAGAGUUGUUGACAGUAAGGAGGGGGCCAUGCAGUUAUUUUGGCAGCUGAUUGCUGUGUGGAGCAGGCUGUCAUUGUGAUCAGGACUUCCAGUGACCUUUAAAACUUCCAUGUGGACCUUCCAGUGAAGAGAUCAGUCAAUGAUUGGAAAGAAAGUUGUGAAUUUUUUUACAUGUGGAAAAAGAUUUAUUUUUCAACGUUUCUACACGGUACAUAGAGAACCAAUGAAGUACAUACUGGUGACUGGUGGUGUCAUCUCUGGCAUCGGAAAAGGCAUCAUUGCAAGUAGUAUUGGCACAAUCUUGAAAUCCUGUGGGCUGAGAGUAACUGCCAUUAAAAUCGACCCAUACAUUAAUAUUGAUGCUGGGACCUUUUCACCUUAUGAGCAUGGAGAGGUCUUUGUGCUGGAUGACGGGGGAGAGGUGGAUUUGGAUUUGGGGAAUUACGAGAGAUUCUUGGAUAUCAGCCUUUACAAGGACAAUAAUAUCACCACAGGGAAGAUUUAUCAGCAUGUAAUCAACAAAGAGCGGAGAGGAGAUUACCUGGGGAAAACCGUUCAAGUGGUCCCACAUGUCACUGACGCCAUUCAGGAGUGGGUGAUGAAUCAAGCAAAGGUCCCUGUGGACAAAGACCGCCAGGAGCCACAAAUAUGUGUUAUUGAGUUGGGUGGCACAAUUGGAGACAUUGAGGGAAUGGCAUUCAUCGAAGCUUUCAGGCAAUUCCAGUUCAAGGCAAAAAGAGAGAACUUCUGUAACAUACACGUCAGUCUUGUUCCGCAGCCAACAGCUACAGGAGAACAAAAGACAAAACCAACACAGAACAGUGUUCGUGCUCUCAGAGGUCUUGGCCUAUCUCCAGAUUUGAUUGUGUGCAGAAGUACCAAACCAAUUGAGAUGGCUGUAAAACAGAAGAUCUCUAUGUUCUGUCAUGUUGAACCAGAACAGGUCAUUUUCAUUCAUGAUGUCUCUUCCACAUAUCGAGUUCCCAUCUUGUUAGAGGAACAGGGGAUAAUCGAGUAUUUUAAACACAGACUGGACCUUCCUAUUGAUGGUCAACAAAGCACACAGCUUCUCAAGUGGAAAAGAAUGGCUGACAGAUAUGAAAGAUUGCAGCAGACCUGUUCAAUUGCCCUGGUUGGAAAAUACACAAAGCUAAGUGAUUGCUACACAUCCGUGUUCAAGGCUCUGGAACACUCAGCGCUGGCCAUCAAUCACAAGCUGAAUUUAAUGUAUAUAGACUCUGCUGAGUUAGAACCUUCUACCAAAGCUGAAGACCCUGUGAAAUUCCAUAAGGCCUGGGAGAAAUUAUGCAAAGCUCAGGGUAUUCUGGUUCCCGGUGGUUUUGGAUUACGAGGAACAGAAGGGAAACUUCAAGCAAUUACCUGGGCAAGAGAGAGGAAAGUGCCCUUUCUAGGAGUAUGCUUGGGCAUGCAGCUAGCAGUGGUGGAAUUUGCAAGAAACUGUUUAAAUUGGAAAGAUGCAAAUUCUACAGAGUUUGAUUCAAAUACUAAGAACCCAGUGAUCAUUGAUAUGCCUGAACACAACCCAGGUGACAUGGGUGGAACAAUGCGGUUGGGGAAGAGAAAGACUGUUUUUACAGCCACCGAUUCUGUCCUAAAGAAACUCUACAAUAAUGCUGAGUUUAUAGAAGAGCGCCAUAGGCACCGAUAUGAGGUAAACCCAGAGCUAACACAGCAGUUUGAAGAAAAAGGCUUAAGAUUUGUUGGGCAUGACACAGAGGGACAGAGAAUGGAAGUCGUUGAACUUAAAGAUCACCCGUACUUUGUAGGUGUGCAGUUCCAUCCAGAAUUCUCCUCCAGACCUAUGAAGCCUUCUCCUCCAUACCUGGGACUAAUGCUAGCUGCCUCUGGAAAACUUGGUACUUUCAUACAGAAUGGCUGCAAAAUAUCUCCCAGAAGGAACAGCUACAGUGACGUCAGUGAAGACAGCUGCUCUGAAAAUUAGCUGCAUUUAGUAGAUUGUGAAGCUUGAAUAUCAGAAGCACAGCUAACCAGGGAAAUUACGGAUUACAAGUGGAAUUGCUCUACAAACAUCUGCAAGAACUAGUUACAUCCAUCAUAAGAAUUGGAAAGAAGUUGAAAUAAUGGGCACUUUGUUUAUUCAUGUGUACACACAGUUAAAAACCUAAAUCGAAAUCUUCAUGCACAGAUGCUGUGUCUGGGCUUGUAACCCACAGGUGACAGUACUGCAGGAGAGAUGGAUGCAAAUCCUAUGGAGAGCUGUCUUCUCAUCAUCCUUAGCACUGAAUGUAUCUGCAGCUGUUCAUCUCAAAUGGAGCAGUUGUUUGUAAUAUGCUUCAUACAUCAUUUGUACUUCCAUCUACAACCCAGAGUCCAGAAAAUUGUUUGUGUAAAUUAUCCAAAGUGGAGCCAGUUAUUUUUCAGUGCCAGCAAGUUCAUUUUACACCGAAUAAAUUCUAUCACUAUGCCCCA